UCCCUUCUUUCCCUGCCUCCCUCCCUGCUCAUAGCCUGAUCUGUCGGCCCCCGCCACCGCCUGUGUGGUUGCUGCCAUAAAAGGGGGCGGGGAAGCGGGGUCGUGAGUGCGAGACAGCCGCACGUCCAGGAGCUGAAGCUUUGAGCAGGGGCCUCCCCGGCCAUAGGCCGCUCGGUGAGGCGCCGUCGCUAUUCACGAAGACUAGACAAGCGUUGCAAUAGACCCGAGGUUGAUUCCAAACCUGGCCUGUCUCCCCCUUCUCCGAAUUCAAAAUCAGGGACAGGAGGAUAAGAAGAGAAUCAGAACAGGUGGAGGCCAUACAACUUUUCUCCCAGCAGAGAAGCAACUGUGACAACAGACUUCUUCUGAACCAAAGCUGUUCCUUCUUCACCAUGCCUGUUGGGGAUUUAACGGGACCAGUGGGAGAAUAUAAUCCUACUGUUCUUUCUCCAGUAUGAUUGCUGCAUAGAAAACAAGGGCAAGAGAUCACAAUGCAAGCUCACGAAUUGUUCAGGCAUCUGCGAAUGCCAGAACUUGGUGAUGUAAGGCAGUACGUGCGCACUCUUCCAACAAACACGCUGAUGGGAUUCGGUGCUUUUGCUGCUCUCACAACUUAUUGGUAUGCCACGAGACCUAAGGCUCUGAAACCACCAUGUGAUUUAGCAAUGCAGUCUGUGGAGGUGGAGGGCAAAGACCAUGCCCGAAGAUCAUCACUACUUGACAGUGAUGAGCCAAUGUUAUACUACUAUGAUGAUGUGAGGACAAUUUAUGAUGUGUUCCAAAGGGGUAUGCAUGUAUCAAACAAUGGCCCCUGUUUGGGUGUAAGGAAACCAAAUCAACCAUAUGAAUGGAUAUCUUACAAGGAGACUGCAGAAAGAGCGGAAUGUGUUGGCUCAGCACUUCUGAACAGAGGAUUCAAACCAUCUCCUGAUCAGUACAUAGGGAUAUUUUCACAGAACAGGCCAGAGUGGGUUAUCAUUGAACAAGGAUGCUACACUUACUCUAUGGUGGUUGUACCCCUCUACGACACCCUUGGAGCCGAAGCUAUCACUUAUAUUGUAAAUAAAGCUGACAUAGCAUUGGUUUUUUGUGAUAAGCCUGAAAAAGCCAAGCUUCUGCUGGAUAGCACUGAGAAGGGAGAAAUAUCGGUCCUCAAGACAAUUGUGAUCAUGGAUCCGUUUGAUAGUGAUCUUGUGACCUGUGGAAAUAAAUGUGGAGUGGAUAUUAUCAGUAUGAAAGAACUUGAGGCUAUGGGAAGAGCCCACAGACACAAACCUGUAGUUGCAAAACCAGAAGAUCUAGCCAUAAUCUGUUUCACCAGUGGAACUACAGGAAACCCUAAGGGAGCAAUGAUUACUCACCAAAAUGUAGUGAGCAAUAUGUCGGCAUUUGUGAAAGCUACAGAGAAAGCAGUCUUUCCUUGUACAGAAGAUACCUUAAUCUCUUUUUUGCCCCUGGCCCAUAUGUUUGAGAGAGUUGUGGAGUGUGUGAUUCUCUGUCACGGAGCUCGGAUAGGAUUUUUCCAGGGAGACAUCAGGCUACUUAUGGAUGACUUAAAAACUUUGCAGCCUACAGUGUUCCCAGUUGUGCCAAGACUGCUGAACAGAAUGUUUGACAGAAUCUUUGGCCAAGCAAACACUACACUGAAGCGGUGGAUAUUGGAUUUUGCUUCAAAGAGGAAAGAAGCAGAACUUAGAAGUGGCAUAAUUAGAAAUAACAGCCUGUGGGAUAAAGUGAUCUUCCGUAAAAUACAGGCAAGUCUGGGAGGGAAAGUCAGGCUAAUGAUUACAGGAGCAGCACCUGUUUCUGCAAAUGUUCUGACUUUCCUAAGAGCAGCUCUUGGUUGUCAGUUUUAUGAAGGCUAUGGGCAGACAGAAUGCACAGCUGGAUGUUCCCUAACAAUACCUGGAGACUGGACUGCUGGUCACGUUGGUGCCCCGAUGCCUUGCAACAUCAUAAAGCUUGUUGAUGUGGAAGAAAUGAAUUAUUUUGCUGCCAAAGGAGAGGGUGAAGUUUGCAUAAAGGGGGCAAAUGUGUUCCAAGGCUAUCUGAAGGAUCCUGAAAAAACUGCAGAAACUCUUGACAAAGAUGGCUGGGUACACACUGGAGAUGUUGGGAAAUGGUUACCGAAUGGUACCUUGAAGAUCAUUGACAGGAAAAAACAUAUAUUCAAACUUGCACAGGGAGAAUAUAUUGCCCCAGAAAAAAUAGAGAAUGUUUAUAUAAGGAGUGAGCCUGUUGGCCAAAUAUUUGUCCAUGGUGAAAGCUUGCAGGCUUUUCUAAUAGCGAUUGUAGUACCAGAUCCAGACAUGUUAUCCAGCUGGGCCAAGAAAAAAGGACUUGGAGGCUCUUAUGAAGAACUAUGCAGAAACAAAGAUGUAAAAAAAAAUAUUUUGGAAGACCUGCUGAAAGUUGGAAAAGAAUUUGGCUUGAAGUCAUUUGAACAGGUCAAAGGCAUUGCUCUUCACCCAGAAAUGUUCUCUAUUGAGAAUGGCCUGUUAACACCAACAUUAAAGGCAAAGAGACCUGAGCUUCGCAAAUACUUUAAGUCCGAGAUAGAAGAACUCUAUGCUAAUAUCAGGAUGUAACGGAGGAAAUUUUUUGGAGAGAAUGGCAUUUGCUAUUGACCUUCAUAUCUAUAAAUUGACUACAGCAAAUAUAGGGAAGGAAACAGUGCAAUCAUUAACUUGUACACAAAGGGGUACUCAGCAUAGGAAAACUGAAGAAAAUGGAACACUGCCUUACUGUCCACUUGUGUUGCAGACCAUUUUUUAUGGUGACAUACAACUUCCUCAAUGCGCCUUAAACUGUAAAUGGUAUCUAUGUGAUUUGUAAGUUAUUUAAGAUUUCCUCAGCCAAAAAUGUGACUCUCUCCCAGGCAUGUAAAGGGAUGUGUGUGAUGCUAGCGCAUUUUAUUGUCUUUAGUACAUUGUAUAGCUGGUGGGCUUUUCCCCCCAAAAAGAUUUGGCAUAUGGAGAUUUUUUAGUGCACUGCAAUGGAACAACAUUGAUGAAGGAGUGUCCUUAGAACUCUGGCAGAAACCUGGCUGCCUUGGUUUCCUGCUUCGAAGGUUUUCUGGGUGUGUCUUAUAACCUGGGAGUCUAGACGAAACUGCCAAUACAAUGUGUGUUGGUUUCAUGAGCUCCAGAGAUGGUUGGGCCAUAGCAGCAUCAUGCUGUGGAAUGCAUGCGGCUAUUGAUGGAAUUCCAAUACUGGGACUAAUCAUGCUAAUUCACUGUCAGCCAUUAAUUGCCAUAGCAGAGCAGGCUUACUCUAGAUCACUUUUAACUUGAUGAUCUUUGUACAAGUUAGCUUUUGCCUCUCGUCCACUGAACACAGAGUAUUGAGUGAAUACAACGAGUAUCAUUGAAAUUGAUAAGUCACAAUAUUUUCACUUUCUGUUCUUGGUAUACAAAAAGCCAGAAACCAGAAUGUGGUUUAAUGUGGGACAUCCAUUCAUUAGGUAUAGAAUGGGGAUGGAGAUUUCAGUUACCAUGUAUCUAUACCUAUAUUUCUGUUGGGGGAGGGGAAUAAAAUUGAGAUGCCUUGUUGUAACCCAUGCUUGAGAUUUUUCCCCAUAUAGCAGUCAUGAAUUCCUGUUUAAAUAUAUGUAAACAAGCACAACAAAGUUUGCACUAAAGACUGUGUAAUUGUAAUGCACUACCCAGUUCUAUAAUUUCAUAUAUAUGUACCCUAAUCGCACAUCCAAUACUCCUAGAGUAUUAAGUCGCUUGUUACAUUGGAGUUCAAAUGUUUGCUUAGUGUUAGCUAUUUCUAUAUUUUAUAAACCAAAAUUUCCAAAAGCCAAUGAAGGAAACCAAAAUAAAUAUUUCUGCAUUUAA